AGCCGAUGCCAGAAAAGCAGCUGAUGCUGCUAAUGGUAGAAAGAAAUAAUCAUAUUGGUAAAUUUAUGAUCUAUAGUUAUUCGACUUGUUGAUUGUUUGACUUUUUUCUCUUUUAUGAUUGAUUUUGAAUACUGACGAAAUAAACGAAAUUGUUACUGGCUUUUAAAAGUAAAUUGUAAUCGUUAAAUCUACGGCUUAUAUUAGUCGUAUUCGAUAAAGAGACCAGUGGCACGGGUUGAAUUAAACCAAAACCAACAAAACAAAAAAAAAAACGACAAGCUUCUUCAGAAAGACUUAUCCUUUGAAGCAUCUUAUCAAUUGACUUCAACAUGCUUAUCAAGGAAUCAUAUCACGAUGUGAAAACCUCCUAUGGUACCACCAUGAGGAUUUUUGUGUAUCAUCCUACUAUUCCUAACUACCCCAAUGUCAAGUUUCCCGGGGUAGUUGUUCACAGUGAGAUCUACCAAGUGACUGGUCCAGUUUCGAGAUUUGCAAAAGAUAUUGCUGGCCAGGGGUUCAUAGUUGCAUGUCCAUCUAUUUUCCACAAUUUCGAAUCACAUGAACCUUUGGCAUACGAUGUCGAAGGUACUGAUAAAGGUAAUAAAUAUAAAAUUACCAAGGAGUUAAAGUCGUUUGAUGAAGAUAAUAAACUUACCAUCGAUUACUUAUGCUCAUUACCUACUUGUAAUGGAUCCAUUGGAAGUCUGGGAAUGUGUCUUGGUGGACAUGUCGCUUUAAGAACAAGUUUUGAUAAACGUGUUAAAGCUGCAGUUUGUUUUUUUGCAACUGAUAUUCAUAAUCAUGCGUUGGGAUUAGGCCAAAAUGACGAUACUUUACAAAGAAUCAAAGAAAUUAAGGGUGAAAUCAUUAUGAUCUUCGGUUGUAAAGAUAAUCAUGUCCCACCAGAAGGUAGAGACCUAAUUAGAGGUACUUUUAGAGAAAAUAAUAUCGAUAUGACUUUUAUUGAAAUUAAUGAUGCUCAACACGCUUUUAUUAGAGAUGAAUUGAGUAAAGGUAGAUACGAUCCUGCCACCACGAAAAACUGUAUGGAGUUUUUAUUUGAAUUAUUCAACAGAAAGUUGAAAUUGGAAUAUGGUGACCACGACGGUCAAAAAGAAGUUAUUGAAAAUGUUUGUUAAUCUUUGUAGUUAGAUAUAUAUAAAUGCACGGGUGUCACGUGACGUGGC